AUCAGGAGCGGCGGCGUUGUUCAGCUCCGUCCAAUGGGAGCGGCUGUUGCUGUCGCCCGGCGGUGGGAAGGGCAGUUAGCUGCGGCUGUUUGGGUUGAUUUCAGUGAGAGAACAUCCACGUUGUGAAUUAAAUAAUCUGUUUAGCCGGAGAUAGUCGAGGAGCUGCACCUGAGGGAGGGGAUGGGGGGAAACAGUCCGAGUCACUUCUCCCAGGAGGAGGAAAGCGGAGGAAUCACUUUUGUGAAGGGCAUUCGGCUGUCAGACAGAGUCAUCCACCGCAUGAAACAGUCGCCAAAGGGCACCUGUCCUCAGUUUGCAGCUGAACCAGAAACCCCGGCGGUCACUGCAGUUCCUCCCCCUGCUGUGGAACACUUGUCGCCUCUUCUGUCGCCUCCUUCAUCCAUCCCCACUCCUCCUCUGGAAACUCCAUCCCAGCCUCUGUCAGUGGAACCAGCUCCUCCCGUAAAACUGAUCCCCCCUCCUCCAGUGAAGUUUCACUCCCUUCCUCCAACCUCCGUGGAGCCUGCAGCACCUCCUCCUCCUCCUCUAACUGACCCUGUUGUCUCGGCUCCACCUCCAUCCACACCUUCCCCACAGGUUGAAGUACAUAUGGAGCCUGAAUCUGUUCCUUCACCUCCUGCUGCCGAGCCGAUAGUCCUGCCUCCUGUUGACUCCUUCGCCCCACCUCCUGUAGAGCCAGAAAUCCCGACCUCGCCUUUGAUCACUGAGCCGAUCAUCGAGCCUGUCGUCCUCCCUCCACCUGUAGAGUCCUCUCCAGAGUCUGUGGCUCCACCUGAACCUCCAUCUCUUCCCUGUGAACUUGUGAUACCAACACCUCCCACUACUACUGAUCCUGCUGCUGUAGCUCCACCUCCUCUUGAAUCUGCUGCUCCUUCACCUCCAGCAGAGGAACCGGCUCAACUUUCCCCCGCCGUCGAGUCUGCACCAGUUACACCAGUAAUCCCACUCUGCCCUGUGGAUUCACCUCCAGUUGAAGCUGCAGUUUCACCUCCGCAAGUGGAGACGGCACUGGUUGAGCCUGUGGUUGAACAAGUGCCUCCAGUCGUGGCUCCAGCUGUUGAAUCGCUGCCUCCAUGUGGCCUGCUUCCACCUCCUCCUGCUCCAGAGACAAUUGCAGCAUCUCCAGAAGUAGUUGCAGCACCUCCACCUCCUCCAGAGCUAAUUGCAACGCCCCUUCUUGCUCCAGAGCCACUUGCAGCGCCUCCAGAGCCACUUGCAGCGCCUCCAGAGCCAGUUGCAGCGCCUCCGCCUCCUCCAGAGCUCUCUUUUGAGGAAUCCCCUCCACCCUGUCAGUGUGUGGAGCUGGCUAUUGUUCCUACUGAUGCACCUGUAAAUGUGCCCCUUCCGGAGCCUGUAGCUCCACCUCCUGUUGAACCACCUCCGUCUGCUGAGGCCGCCACCAUCACCCUGACUCUGCCCCCGGUUGUUGAGGAUGAAAUACCUGUUGUCACAGCAGUGCCACCACCUGCAGCAGCCCUGCCUGUUUCUCCUGAGGUGGUGGAGGAAGAGUUGAGGCAGAAGAUCAAAGAGGAGAUGCAGCAACGUCUGGAGGAGGAAAUCAACCAGAAGAGGCAGGAGCUGCAGCUCCAGCUGGAGGAGAUCAGGGCUCAGGCUCGAGCUGAGGCAAAGGCAGCAGCUCUGGCUCAGGUGGAUGAGCAGGUGAAGAGGACUCUGGAGGAGGAGAAGACGGCCUACAUGGAGAAGCUGACGGACUCUAUCACCAAAGAGCGAAUGAAGACCGAGGAUGAGAGGCUCAUGGUGCAGCUUUACUGGAUGGAGAUGAAGGCUCAGCAGCUGGAGGAGAAAGAGAAAGAGCUGAAGAAACGAGACUGUCUCUACAAGGAACAUAUCGCAAAACUUGAAGCAAAGUGCACGGAGUUUUGCAAAGUGUCCGCUGAGAGCUUCCAGAAGGGCAAAGAAGAGACUCACAACUGUUUUGCGCGUUUCAACAUCCAGCCAGUGUGUGGAGACCUGCAGAGUCAGAUACUAAAGUGCUACAAGGAGAACACAGGACAGACUCUGUCCUGCUCCAGCAUCGCCUCGGCCUACAUGCAGUGUGUGGACAAUGCCAAGAAGAACAAGCGGAUCACUGGCGGUUAAUGUGACAUCUGACAGGUUCACUGCUGCAGCAGAGAAAACACGAUGGACAGAAAUCCACAAUCAGACACGACACAGAAGUGACAGGAGAGCAACUGAAGACGUGCCAUAUAACCGCAUGAACCGACGUGUCUGGAGUAGUCUUCCAGUGCGGUGUGACAAAAACCAAACAGUUUAGCUUUAAGUAAAGAGACACUCGAUGUCUGCACCUUUCUCUGGUUCUUGGGAUCACCUUUAAACCAACUGGACAGUGUCUGGGAUUUUAAAGUGCUUCUAAGAAACAUGUUUUUUUCACAGCAGUGUGAAUUCAAGUCAGGUAUUUGUACGAGAUAUAUGAUUAAUGAGAGCCUGUUUAAUCAUUGUGUGUGUGUGCCUUGAUGUCUGGAAAGCUCGUGUUAAGAGUGCAGACACACGAAGGAACCAUUAAGUGAGCAGAGUGCAAUGUAACGAAGACUUUUAUGAAAAACAGACACAUCAAUAAACUCAAUAUAAAUAUA